AGAAGCGGGCUCCCGGAGCCUUCCGCAAGGUCUCCAAGCCCCUGAUGGAGAAGAAGAGGCGAGCGCGCAUCAACGUCUCUCUGGACCAGCUCAAAGCGCUGUUAGAAAAGCACUAUUCCCACCAGAUCCGGAAGCGCAAGCUGGAGAAGGCCGAUAUCCUGGAGUUGAGCGUGAAGUACAUGCGGAGCCUGCAGCGCUCGGUCCAAGGGCUGCCGCCGCCGCCCGCCAAGAGCGCCGACUUCCAGGCCGGCUUCCGGAGCUGCCUGCAAGGCGUGCGCCAGUUCCUGGUGCGCUCCGAAGCUGCCGGCGCGGCCGCCUCCUUCCUGCGCCUCCACGACUUCGCCCGCGCUCUGCCUGCCUUCAGCACCACGGACAGCGGCCCGGAGCCUCGGCGCGCCCCCCAGUGGCCGAGCCCCGCCAAGGCCCGGCCGGCCAAGCCGCCGCCGCCGCCGCGAGUUCGAGGGAGCCAGGCGUCCGCCCCGUCGGGGGAGAGCCGGAGCCAGCCGAGGAGCCACGCCGCCGGGAGCCAACAGGUCCGGCUGUGGCGACCCUGGUAA